UGCUCAGUUCCCAACUGACGCUCGAGCCGUCAAGUAAUAUAAAAAAAAGUAGCUGAUGCACAGAAAUUACCAGCCAAUAAGUUUCGAAUGAGAUAUUUCAAUAAUGUGGCGCUUGUUAAUACUAUUCGCGGUGGUGUCGAAUGGCAGAGCUUUGAUCUGUACACGACGUCCGGCAAAUACGGCCACGCCCAAGUCGCCAGUCGAUGAGAACUAUGUGAUAAGCAUUACUGGCAAUCCGGAAACGUAUAUUCUCGGUCAGGAGUACAACGUUUCUCUAAAUGCAUUCAACGGCCAUCGGUACAUCAGUUUCAUUCUGGCUUUGGAAAACGAGAAUGGAGAUUUUAGCUACAUGGCCGAUCUGGGUAGAUUCGAACUAAGCGAUAGGAUCGAGACACGUUUCAGUCCUAACUGCAUUAACAUGGUGGAAAACACAAACACCAAUCCCAAGACACAUAUGCAUCUCACUUGGACAGCCCCAAGUGAGCCUGGCAGUGGUUGCAUAUUAAUACGUGCCACAGUACUGCAGCAUCGCGAUGUUUGGCACAUGGACGAUGGCGGCUUAACACGACGAAUUUGCGAGGAGAUCGUGGACGAUGUUGAAAGCCAGCCAACUGCACCCAGUUUAAACGCUCCUUGUUGUGCCUGCGACGAGGCGCGUUAUGAGCUCACUUUCGAGGGAGUCUGGCAACGAAAUUUACACCCAAAGAACUUUCCAGAAAGAAAAUGGGAGACACGGUUCUGUGAGCUCGUCGGUGCUGCUCAUAGCGCCGAUUAUCGCUUUUGGGAAUCCGGUGCCUUAGCCAGCGAAGGCUUAAAGCAAUAUGCGGAGCACUGCACAGCAAAGCUGCUUGAUCGAGAGUUUAGCGUCAAUUACCGCGAUAAUAAGAUACGCACAAUUAUUAAGGCACGUGGUCUAGGGUAUCCCAAUCUGAACAGUAAAUCGAUGGCUUCGGUGCGUGUUGAUCCAAUGCGUCACAUGGUAUCGUUUGCAUCCAAAAUUGAGCCGUCGCCCGAUUGGAUUGUGGGCGUUAGCGGACUGGAGCUGUGUCUACGGAAUUGCACCUGGUUGGACUCGAAAGUGAUCAAUUUGUAUCCAUGGGAUGUGGGCACCGAUGCAGGUCCCACUUAUACGUCACCCGAUCAGCCUCAAGUUCCACCUGAUGUCAUCAGGCGAAUGAGCUCCGACUUCCCCCCUGAUGACCGUUCGCCAUUCUACGAUAAGGAAGGGAUACCAAUGAAGCCAAUGGCCGUGCUAACCAUACGACGACAACGAAUCUACGAACGGCGUUGCCUGGAUGAAGAAUCCAACAACGAUGAAGAUGUGCCACGCGAAUGUCAGACGCAUCCCUGGUCGGCUUGGACCGAGUGUUCUACGAAAUGUGGUGGUGGCAUGCAAUAUAAGCGACGGGUGUAUAAGCAACCCGAGCUCUCCAGAGUUUACAACUGCAAUGUGCCACUCUACGAAGAACGCGAGUGUGAGGGCGAAGCCUGUGGUGUGGCAGAGUCGGUCAAUAAUGCAGACGAGUUUGAGGAGUUUCAGCUUGGCGGACAAAAGAUUCCCCCUUAUCAACGACAGGCUGAGUGCCAAUUAUCUGAUUGGAACGCUUGGGGUUCAUGUAGUGUAACAUGUGGCGACGGUUUUCAAUCACGAUACCGUCAAUAUAUUACUCCUGGAGCUGAGGAAAAGUGUCAAAAUGUAUAUAGACUAGAUCUACAAGAAACACGAAGCUGCUCAGGUGGCACUUGCUCGGGCAACUUAUCCGGAGAAGACGCUGAUCCCAAUUCCCAAUAUGACGGAUCACUGAACCCACGCUUACAGCCGGAUGAUUAUCGCAAAUUCGAAGUGGGCAAUCUGAAGGGCACCAAUCAAUGGGGCCAAGAGCAGAUCAGCCAUACUCCAACAAUGUCCAACCAAUUCUUUAGACCACAGCAGUCGUCUUACAAUCAACAGUCUCGUAAAGCUUCUGCGAACAGUUAUGAAGAAAUACCACGAUUACAGGACGUUGAGCGUGCUCCAUUUCAACGGAGACCCGGUAGUAAUGACUUCCGUGACUCCAGCAGUAAUAACUUCCGUGAUUCCAGCAGUAAUAACUUCCGAGAUCUCGGAAGUAAUAACUUCCGUGAUUCCAGCAGUAAUAACUUCCGUGAUCUCGGAAGUAAUAACUUCCGUGAUCUCGGAAGUAAUAACUUCCGUGACUCCGGCGCUAAUAAUUUCCGUAAUUCCGACACUAAUAAUUUCCGUGAUCCCGGGAAUCGUUUCUCUGCCCAGAAUUCGCCUCUUCGCAACACCAACAGAGAUGUGGAUGAUCGAAAUCCAUAUAUGCAAUCAAAUAAUAAUGUACACGAUCCAUGGCAAAGACGUAAUAACAAUAACUUUAGAAGAGGAUAUGAUGAUGCUGAAGACAACAAACCGGAUAUCGAUGAAUAUAUGGAGAGGAGCUGCUUCCAAAUGAUAAGGACGACACCAAGCUGUCAGAAUAGUACAAUUCUGGGCAACUUCUGGUUUUAUAAUUUCUGCAAUGAUGAAUGCAUGUUGUUCCCAGUAGAUGUAUGUGAUAGAAAUGUUAACAAGUUCAACAAAUUGGAGAAAUGCGAAGAGUGUCGUCGUCCUCAAUACAAACAGCUCCAAUUGCAAGCUGCAGAGUCACAAGAAUGCAAAAAUAUUUUAUCUGCGCAACGAGCUGAUAACGAGUUCUGGAGAGAAGAACGCAUCUACACAGAUCCUAGGCGUAAUAACAAUUAUAGUAACAGAAGACGAGAUUGAGUGCAAAUAUUAUAUUAUAGGCAGCGUCACAAUUGUUGUAUCAAACAUAAAAUAGGUUUAUUAAAGAUAUAGUACUAUUAAAAUACUAAAUAAAGUGAUUAUCACCAAAUGAAAAUUACUGUUAAGGCCAA